CCCGAUCCCAGCCCCGCGCUCCGGGAGAGCGUGCGGACCUGCUGAUUUCAGCCUGGAACUGAGGCGGUCAGCUACGGAAGCUUCCAGGGAAAACCGCAGCUGGCUCCCCAGUCACCAGCGCUUGGCCCUUGCAGUCAUCAAGACGCCCCCUUGGGGCAGUUCGUCCCAAAGGGUUUCCUCGAAAGUAUCUGAGAGGGCGCAGUUCUUGACCAAAGGAAUCGCUGUUUAGCCCCGGAAACCAUCCGCCUAAGAAGAUGCCCGCCUUCAACAGACUGUUUGCCCUGGCUUCCUUCGUGCUCAUCUUCUGGGUCCGUGCCUGCCUGCCGGUGUGUGUGGAAGUGCCCUCGGAGACGGAGGUGGUCCAGGGCAAGCCCAUGAAGCUGCGCUGCAUCUCCUGCAUGAAGAGGGAGGAGGUGGAGGCCACCACGGUGGUGGAAUGGUUCUACAGGCCCGAGGGCGGUAAAGACUUCCUUAUCUACGAGUACCGGAACGGCCACCAGGAGGUGGACAGCCCCUUCCAAGGACGCCUGCAGUGGAACGGGAGCAAGGACCUGCAGGAUGUGUCCAUCACUGUGCUAAACGUCACCCUGAACGACUCCGGGCUGUAUACCUGCAACGUGUCCCGGGAGUUUGACUUCGAGGCACACCGCCCCUUUGUGAAGACCACCCGGCUGAUCCCCCUCCGCGUCACCGAGGAGGCUGGGGAGGACUUCACCUCUGUCGUCUCAGAAAUCAUGAUGUACAUCCUGCUGGUCUUCCUCACCUUGUGGCUGCUCAUUGAGAUGAUAUACUGCUACAGGAAGGUCUCAAAGGCUGAAGAGGUAGCCCAAGAAAAUGCGUCUGACUACCUUGCCAUCCCUUCAGAGAACAAAGAGAGCUCUGUGGUGCCCGUAGAGGAAUAGAAGGGGUGUGACUCGAGGUG